AUGGCGACCAAGAAGCAGUCCCCAGAGGCUGCCAGCUCGGCCUCCAAAUCCGCCAAGAAAAAGUCUUCCCCUAUUGCCGACGGUUACCUCUUCUUCUACAAUGCCGCCUCGGCAAUCCUAUGGGCCGCAGUCCUGGGCCGCGUCCUUCUGACGAACUACCUGCAGGGCCCCGAGUUUGUCCCGUCGGUUGUCAUGGACUUUGCGCGCUGGACCCAGACCCUCGCGGGUCUCGAAAUCCUCCACGUCGCUCUUGGCCUCGUGAGAACAUCCCUGAUCACAACCGCCAUGCAGGUCGGCUCCCGCUAUCUCCUCGUCUGGGGCGUCGUCUGGCUCUUCCCCUCGGUCGCAACCAGCCCCGGCUACUCGAGCAUGCUGUCCGCCUGGGCCACGACCGAGGUUAUCCGCUACACGUACUUUGCUCUGCUGCUGGCCGGUGUCGAUGUCCCUGGUCUCGCGUGGCUGCGCUACAGCACCUUCAUCGUCCUUUACCCCGUCGGAAUUCUGAGCGAGUGCUGGAUGAUGUGGCUUGCCGCCACUAGCCGCGCCGAGGUCACGCACCCGCUGCUGCCGACCGUAUACUACAUAAUCCUAUUCGUCGUCUACCCACCUGGAUCCGUCCACAUGUACUCGCACAUGUGGAAGCAGAGGUCCAAGGUUCUGAGCAAGGCCAAGAACCAUGAGAAAUCUAACUAG